CGUCCCUUCAGUGCGAGUUGGUGUCUUCUGAGGAGAACCGCGAUUGGAUUGGUUAAAGGCGCUUGGUGGGCGCGGUCAGCGGGCGCAGAGUGGCAGUUGUCGAGAAUCACCGGGCGAUGUGUUUUAUGUGGGGCUGAGCCGGUGCCUAUAGCGGCGGAGAGACAUGGAGGACGUAAACUCCAACGUGAGCGCGGACCAGGAGGUACGGAAGCUGCAGGACCUCGUGAAAAAGCUCGAGAAGCAAAACGAACAGCUCCGGUUACGUUCUACCCACACCCCGAGCUCUCCCCGAACACCCACCCCUGUCAUCCACCCACCCCGGCCACAGGCCCCUCCAUCUGCCGCCUCUUUGCAACUUUUUGGCGGCCGCAGUGUAAGCCCAGGGCCUGUCCUUUAUGAGAGACCCGGGGGGACAGGGGACGGGCCGGCGUGGGAAGAGCUGCUGCUGGAGGAGGAGGAGGAGGAAGCCGCGGAGGAGAGGCGGAAGGACGGGGAGAGCGGCCUCUUACUGGAGACGCUGCUGCCACUACGGCCGGAGGAGCUGGAAGGAAUGGUCGACUUUGACGAGGAAGAGAGCUGGUUGUAUACAUCACCAAAGAAAAAGUUGACACCUUUUCAGAAAUCGAUGAGUCCGCUGGUUUGGUGCCGUCAAGUUUUUGACUGUCCUAGUCCUGACGUGGAAUGUGCAAAAAAGUCAAUUAUCCAUAGGCUUGAUCAAAUCAUGUCUGCCAACAAGCGGCAGAGCAUGUACAACAAUCCCUAUAACACAAACAGCUAUGCUGGUUCUUAUAGUCCAAAUGCAACCGGGAGCCCGUACAGUAGUGGAUUCAAUUCCCCGUCCUCCACCCUUAUGAGACCUCCGGUAGUGAGGCAACUGGUACUGCCUAGUAGCACAGGACAGUAUAAAUAUUCUGCUGAUAAAAACCUGCCUCCCGUAAGUCCUCAGGAAUCCAUAGACAGUGAGCUCAGCACUUCUGAGAUGGACGAGGAUUCUGUAGGGUCAGGUUAUAAGCUCAAUGAUGUCACAGAUGUCCAGAUUUUAGCAAGGAUGCAAGAAGAGAGUCUCCGGCAAGAGUAUGCAGCCACCACAUCCCGACGUAGUUCCGGCUCAUCGUGCAACUCUAUGAGAAGAGGGACGUUUAGUGACCAGGAACUGGAUGCUCAUAGCUUGGAAGAUGAAGAAGAAGGGGUUCACCAGCCAAUGCACCUUCCUGGGAACAGAUUCUCUCCUUCUCCACGUCAGUCACCUCGCCCUUCCCCUAGGCAUUCACCAAGAAAUUCUCCCCGCUCAAGAUCUCCUGCACGAAGCCUGGAAUACAGGGGGGCCUCUCCACAGCCAAUGAUAAGCCGUUUGCAGCAACCUCGACAUUCACUUCAGGGCCAUUUGUCUGAACUGCAGACUAACGUGGUCAAAAAUGAAGAUAAACUGAGACGCAGUCUUCCUAACCUCUCCCGAGCAUCAGGGAUUCAGACAGUGGAGCCUGUAAAAAACAGCAGAAGUUUUGAAUCAAACCUACAGGUGCCAAAUGGAGGAGCAUCCCGUGCACCAAGCUCUUCCAUACCAUCAUCAUGCAAGUUCCGCUCUCCCACAGCACCAUCUCCGUUAUCGUUACGACAGCCAAUGAAAGCCCUAACGAACCAUGGCUCCCAGAUCACACAAGAGGCUGCCACUGUAAUGCAAAACAACCCUUCUCCUGUACCUAUUACUACUCAGCCCUCUGGCUCUGCUAGCCCGGCAAGAACUGGCUCUGCAAUAAGAAGUGGCUUACCCAGACCAAGCACACCUUCAGGGGGGAACAUACCAGUGCCUCGCAGCAAACUUGCACAGCCGGUGCGGAGAUCUUUGCCAGCUCCCAAAUCCUAUGGUAACAUGAAAGAUGACAGUUGGAAGGAAGGCUGCUACUAAACUGCAGAAUCCUUGUGCUUUUGUUGUUGGACUCCAUGCCAAGAUAGCAGCAGCCUAAGGAGACGAUGGGACAGUUGGGGAUUUUGCAAAGCCAUCCCAGGGCCCUCUGUCCACAAAUUAGCACAAAGGGCAGAGGCAACAAGAAAUGGAGCACUUUAUUGACAUUUGCCAUCACUCAUGUUCUAGCCAUGCAAUCACUUCACAAGGAGGAAAUCUUUCCCUUUUUUUAUUUAUUUUAUUUUUAUUCUGUGUUUCAGUACCACUUCUCUUUGGUGCACACCAUCGCUUCUUUAGUAAGUAAAGCAGUCAUUUGCUUUGAUGCCAAAGAACAAUGCCCUAGAAAUAUGCUUUUUAUUUAAUUUUUUUACAAGACGUUUAUUACAAUUAGUAUCGGCUGCAGUCUGUGCAGCGCUACAAUCACUGACCCCUGUUCGUUUUGCAACGAGUCAGAUUUACAAAUCAAAUGUUCUGUUUGGUUUAGUUUGUAACUGUUCCUUGGAUAUUUUAUAACUGGUUUCCUGCCUGCUUUUACUGCUUCGCUGUAAUUUUUAUUGAGCUUGUUUUUCUUAUUGCAAUAUGCGUUAUCGAGCAACAACAAUUACUCAUCUUUUUUAAACUGUAUUUAUUAUUCCCACUAACAUUUUAUGUACUUGGUAAUUAAGGUGCAGUACAUUGUGACUGGUUGGAACAACUGAGGCCUCGUGGCUAACCAUUUUUGCACUGAUCUGUGAUAAGGAGAGCCAAGGGCUUCAUCCAACACAAAUACUUUUGGUUGUUUUCACAACAGAUGGGAACUAUACUUAUUUGGCAAAGGGCUUGAACAGUCUUUUAAGACCUCGCAUAGAGAGGACGCCUCCUGCCUUGGGAUCUCUGUGCAGUGAAAUAGUACAGUGCUAUGGAAGGCUGAGUGUUCCCCUAGAUGGAGAAGUUCUGUUAGCAGCCUUGUGCCUAGUACAACACAGAUCUGAGGCAGAUAUAUGAUGAGAAAACUAUGCACUUGUAUUUAUAAUAUGGUUUGCUUAUCUUCAGUGCUGAGGGACAUGGUGGGGCACAUAAAGCACAGGCACACAGCACCUUGUCAGACAAUCUUGUGUUCAUAAUAGAAACAUAGGGGUUUCUAAAUGCAAGUCACACAUUGCAGGAUCAUUGGAAGGUGCUCAUUGGCAAAUAGGGUUUUUUUUCCAACCCUUUCAUAUUUUACAAUGUUUUAAAAAUUGUAUACUUUGCCUUAGCUAUUCCUUAUGUAACCUUUAUCAAUGUCAGCGCAUGGAAUUCGACCAGACCUGUUUACAGACUUAAGCUGGUCAUAGACGCAAAGAUCCGAUCUUCGUAUGAGUGUCCCGACAUCGUGGCAUGUCUUUUAGACGAUCGAACAGGUUAGAAAAUUUCUGUUGGCCGCUGAUAAUAUCUCUGCAUUUAUUGCCGAUUUUCAGUGGGAGACUGUCACCAGCUUUGUCAGACAUAACUUUCGUACGAUUGCUGUCAGGGGCAGAACAUCGGCUGAUGUGUUCUUUUGUACUUUAUUUGAUCUGAAGUUUAGUGGCAGGUCGGGAGAUGGAGAAGUCCGAUCGUUCGAGGAUCUUUGCAUCUAUGGGCAGCUUUACACAAGGUGACUGUACAUUGUCACUAGGUGCCCUUUGUUUUUGUGUCUGCCUAUGCAUCAUGCAUGUUCCCAUAAGAGCAGAUAUUUCAUUGCUUGCCCUUGUGCAUUCGACUUCUACAAAGACAUUUGACUUUUGAUGUUUACCCUUACUGUGACAUGGGUAUGUUAAGCGCAUUACUUGAAAGCUGGUGUAGGAAGAGUAGCAGAAAUCAGGCCAUGCAUUGGACAGAAAGCUUCAGUGAAAGCUUUAGGUGCUUAUUGUACCUGCGUGACAGUUUAUAAACUGCAGACCAGCAUGCCUGAGAAAGGGCUCCUUGAUCUGGAUUUACAAGAAAAUCCUCAGCUCUUAUAUUGUACACAGGCAUUUUCUUCAGCCUUUGCAAAAAGCUAAAGUUCAUUUUAUUUAUAGUUUUGAAAACCCUUAGGCUGAUGUCACACAGGCCCGAAACUGCUAAAAAAAAAAACGCAGUCUGAGAAUUAGCCCCUAUGCUGGAAUCAUCCCCUUGCCUUGCCUGCACUCAGAUCCAUUGUGUCAGCGCGGGUGCAGGCAACAAGAGAUUAUUCAUCAUUUCUGGUGUGGCCUUCACAACUACUGGAUUUUAAUUGACAGAUGCACCUAGGUGGGGAUCUCUGGUCUUUUCUAGCCAUUGGGUGGGAAUAAUUCUUUCUUUCCUUGUCAAGAGUGCAUGCAUUCUGAUUGGAUCCCUGUAGUUUGAUAUGGAAAUAUCCUCCAUAGAUAAUGAGUUUAUUCCUUUUAUCUGAGAGGAGCAGUUUUAGCUUUUUUUUUUUUUUUUUUUACACAAAUACUGUGUAAAUAAAUAAAUAAGUGCAGGCUUUGUACCAGCAGGAGGCCCAGAUUCUGCUACUCACAAAGAAAAAAAAACAAGUAUACUGGCACUAUUUUUGUGAAAUAUAAAAUAAUGUCAGUACACUACUGUUUAAACACUUACCAUUCACGACUCUUGAGUCCCCACCAUAUACAGCUAUUCUUGCAUGAGUUAAAGCUGAGCGAUCCUCCUAUUCUCAUGGGAGAUCAUCUCGGUUGGACAUCCCUAUUCAGUAAUUUUCUAUCAUCAAACCAUUACUUUUUACAACUUUAUUACACCUUUGUUACAAGAAAGGAAUAGGUGGGUAUCAAAAUAUACUUCAAAGUGAUACUGUCAUCACUCUAAUUCUUCAAGGGUCAGUUAGAACAAGAAAUGAAAGGUUUUUAAUGUUAAAUUUUUUUUUAUAAUGUUAAUAUAAAUAACAAAGCCACGGAGGCUGCCAUUAAACUUGUUCUAGAACUUGAAGGGGCCACGUAUACAUGGGAAAAUGUCAUUCAUGGCUCUUUCUCAUAUACAUUGGGCUGUUGUUUCCAAGAUUUAAUUUGCAGGGAGUGAACAAACAGAUAAAAGAUUCAAUUAUGAAUAAAAUAUCACUUUACAGAAGUACUGGCCCUUUAACUCAGCCUCAGGCAUUGAACCAGCAAUGCAGCAAAAGUUAAUUUGCUUUUCAAAUAAAGGGUAAAUGAUCCUGUGGGAGGGUGACAAUAAUACAUGCCCUGCCAUGAAACAAAAACCUUUUGUUCUGUAUCAGAAAGAAAAUAGAGCAGGAAGUCAAUAACUUUCCACCACAAUUCAAAAACAUUCUUUUCCCAAAAUGACGCUACUUUACAUAAUAUAACACAUUUUUAUGGCAAAAGGAAAUGCUUUUAUUCUGAUGGCAGUUACCCUUUAAUUAAGAGCAACCCUCUCUUGCAUGUUGCUGCCCCUGUAAUAUGUGGCACCUUGAGUUAUUAUUUUCACAUAAUAAACCAUGGAAAUCAACCACUAAGGUCUAACCAGCUACUUUCUGCACAUUAUAAGAUUGCAGUUUAAUUCUGGUGUAUUUUAUAUGCAGGAUAUCCUGUUUGCUGUAUAGAGAGAACAUAAGUCUCGGGCUCCAAUCAAAAGCCUAGAGUGUGGGCGGUGCUAGAGGAGUCAUAUUGCCAUGGUAACAUCUGAUAUAUAUACAGAUAUUGUCAGAAAGAGGUACCGCUACGUUUAUUUUUUAUUGAGAAACGCACCUACCUGCUGUUCUUUUCAUAUACCAGGAACAGGGUGUUUGCUGUACGUUGAGGUGUCGUGGGGAGAAGCGUGGAUAUGAUAAAUAGUGCCUAUGAUUUAUUUAUGUUUGUGUAUUAAAAAAAAAGUUUUUUGAAUGUGGAUUAUUUUUGUGCCAAUGCCUAAAAUUGUCAUUUGUAUGUAAACAAGCAGGUGUGCCCUGUAUAAUAUCCUGCUCCAAAGUUAUUUAAAGUUUUGUAUGUGUGUUAAUAAUAAAAAUGUAUAAAUUGUAAAAAUACAGAUUUUCUUAACAAA